CUCCCCGACCCGGAGAGGCCCGGGCUGCAGGGAACCGUCCCGAGCUGCUUUCACACGCCCCGGGGAUGGGCAAACUUCCACCCGAGGCCCUGCAGCGUCCAGGUCCUGCAACUUCCCCCGGCCCUGAGCCCUUUCCCAGACCCUAAAAGUCCCCCCAAGGUCACUAGAAUCCCCCCAAAUCUGCUGUGGGUGCCACGCCAUGUUCGGCUCUUCCCGGGGUGGGGUCCGGGGGGGCCAGGACCAGUUCAGCUGGGAGGAUGUCAAGACAGACAAACAGCGUGAGAAUUACCUGGGGAACUCCCUGAUGGCACCGGUGGGGCGGUGGCAGAAGGGCAAGGACCUGACCUGGUAUGCCAAGGGCAAGAAGGACACGGCCCCCCCGUUAUCCCGGGAGGAAGAGCUGGCUGCUGUCCGCCUGGCCGAGCAGGAGGCCAUGAUGGCAGCACUGGGCUACAAGAACUUGAAGAGGCAGCCCACGGGCCUCAGCAAAGAGGACCUGGCUGAGGUGUGCAAGAGGGACGGCGCCGAGCGGGAUGAGAAGGAUGUGGAUCGGGUGGUGGGUUUGGGCAGCUCCAGUGGCAGCGCUGGCCGGGUGAUGCUCUCCAAGGAGGACAGAGAGGCAGCCAAGAUGGGGCUCUCGGUCUUCACGCACCAGAAAGUCUCCAGCAGCCCAGAGACAUCUGGCUCCAAGAAGAAGCAGGAAAAGGAGGAGAAGGUGGAGGAGAAACAACCUGAGAGCACCAAAAAACCCAAAAAGGAGAAAAAAAAGGAGAAAAAGAACAAGAAGAAGAAGAAGAAACAUAAGAAGGAGAAGAAGAAGGACAAGGACAAGCAUUCCAAGAAGGAUGCUGCCCCAUCACCCUCUGAUUCUUCCCCAGAUCGGGAUAAGAGGCACCACCGCAGGAAAACGCAGCAGCACUCGGAGGAGGCAUCGCGGCACGGGGACCGGCGGCGGCGGGACUCGGAAUCCUCGGUGAGCAGCGGCCAGGAUGGCCGGAGCCCCACCCACCGGCGCAGCCAGAGCAGGGACGGCCGGAGCAGGGACGGUCGCGGCCACCACCCGUCCCCCCAGCGAAAGAGCAGGAAGAGGAGCAGGUCCCGCUCCCCCCCGACCCGCGGGGUCCGGCAGCGCCACGACACCGACUCGGAGGACUGAGAGGGAGCCUGGGGUUGUUUCAGGGAGAUCUUCCAUAGAUUUAUAUUUUUUAAGGUGGUUAAAUUAAAAACGCUGCAGCCCUGCGGGUGCUGGGGCAGAGUCUGGCAAAGGGCAUUAAGGUUGUGGUGCCAGCAGUCCCUUCCCUGCCCAUCCAGGGGCAGCAGGGCCUGGGUACCCUUCUCCUCACUCCCUAAAGUCCAUCCAGGCAGGGUUGAGCAUGGAGGAUGCUGUGGGUGGGGGCCGGUGCUGGGGUGGUUCUGGCUGUGGUGCUGAAAAUGCUGUGGAUACCUCGUGUUUAUGUAUGGAGACUUUGGAAGAUAUAAUUAUUAUUACUA